AUGUUCUCAACCACUGGCACUCUAUCGACAAUUAUAAAAGUCUUUAAACAACCAUUCUCUACAGCCAUGUCGUCUACUUUUGCAGGAAGAGUAAAGAUCGCUCAAGACACGCUUGCUCGCACCCCUGAAGUCAUAGCAGCCACCGCUGGCGCAUCAGACCGCUCGGACUUCAUCAAAGAGCAAUUGCCUCCUCUCGACGCUUCUCAUUGUCCUGGUCCAGGGUCAUCCACGACAGUGCGCGUUGUUGGCACAGACUCGUUCACUGCUGCCAGAGAUAUUAUGCGGAAGGAUUCUGCCGCACAUGGGAAGACGGCGGUGUUGAACCUCGCUAGUGAUGAGGUUAGGGCGGGCGGUUGGGCUCACUCGUACAGCAGAACACAGGAAGAAGCUUUAUGCUAUUCGUCGACGCUGUAUGCUACUCUGAAGGAGUCCUACUACCCGUGGCCCAACUUGGGUCCAGGAUCCGUCGCAGGAGUUUUCUCUCCAGACGUCGUCAUAUUCAAAGAUGAUCUCGACCACGACUGUGUCGAUCUUCCAGUUGAAGAACGCAGGCUAGUAUCCGUAAUCACCGUCGCCGCUCCUCGACACCCAAAGCUCACCCCGGACCGCGAGCAUUUCGCGAAGGAGGAGGACUUGGUGUACUUGCGGGGGAAGAUCAGACUGGUGUACCGGAUGGCGGCGACAUAUGAGAAGACCAAUAUCGUCUUAGGUGCAAUGGGAUGUGGCGCAUAUGGGUGUCCUCCACGCGUGGUCGCGGAGGAGAUGAAGAAUAUCUUGCUCGAGGAUGAGUUCAAGGGUUGGUUCAAGAGUAUCGUUUCCGCUGUAUAUAAGACGAACUCUGGCUCUCAUGGUCCUGCGGUGAACUACGAUAUCUUCAAGGAGGUGUUUGAUGGCUUGAAGGUCUGAAGAGUCUUUCGUCACUCCUUUGGUCCUUUGUCGUGGAAACUUUUGUACUAUGUACUGUUUUUUAUGGCUUUCAUAUUACUCGC